CUGUUCAGAAGAAAGCCGGACUCCAGCAGCAACCAUGUCUCAGCUGGAAACUGCGAUGGGAAUGACCAUCGCUGUCUUUGACAAGUAUGCAAGGGCUGACGGCAACAGGCAAACCCUCACCAAGGCAGAACUAAAGAACCUCCUGCAAAAAGAACUCCCAAACUUCCUGUCGUCGGGGAAGGACAAGGAUGCUAUUGAUAGAGUCUUCAAGAACCUGGAUGCAAAUGGUGAUUCCCAAGUGGACUUCAAAGAAUUUGUCCUCUUUGUGGCAUCUCUGACUUGCUGCUGUCAUGAACAUUUUGAGCAGAAAGCAGCCAAAUAAAUGUCAAACUGCCUGUGCUCCAUAUGCUAGUGGUAUGGAUCCCU